UCCAAACCAAACAAGAGCAGACCAAUUCGGAUCCAGCCGGCCCAAGAGCUCUGAUCCAGCAUCACUCUCUGUCUCUCUCACCUCACACUCUCACUUGCAAGUCCACCAAAAUACUGUAACAUCGUGGCUCACGCGCAUCACCCACGCGUCCCAGGAGCUCGAGCAGCGCUCACUGGCAAGCGGGUCCCACUCUGGUCAAUAGGAACGACCCGACUCUUCUGCUUCCUUGGGAAUCAGAACGGAGAACCCCACAGCCUUCUCCUCGAGUCCACCCUCCACUGGCGCAGCCGCACCCCCGCAGCACUAGGCCGCCCAGGUCGAGCUCUUACUCUUCAAUCAAUUCAAGAAUAAAGGCGCAUUCAUCUGGAAGGCGAUCCGAUCGGCUGGCAAUAUCCGUUUCGCCACGUCCCGGACGACCGGGUUCUUAUGGGCGGACUGUUCUCCAUCUGCUGGUGCCUUCGAUCACCUGCACAGUCUUGACCAAUUCCUGGGUCCGCCACUGAUGAGCGGUGCUGCUCCUGAUGCGGCAUGCCGGAAGCGGCUGAGGAGUCACGACAGCACCAUGAUAAAGAUUCAGAGUGAUGACAAUGAGGAGGGAAAGAAAAUGAGUGGUGGUGGCAGUGAGGUGAAGAACAGGAAGACAUCCAUAGACGCCUUCUUGGAGAAGGGGAAGCAAAAGGAAGGGAGAACCAACAGCAACAAGAAUAUGAUGGCUGAUGACCAGGAGAGGGAAGAGAGGAUUAUAUGGAAUGGUCACCAUAAGGUGAAGAGUACGAAGAAGGUGUCCACUGCAUCCCCUGAGAAGAUGAAGAAGCAAAAACUUUGCAAUGCCAACAACAAGAAGAAAAUGCAAAUUGAUGAUGACGAGGAGGGAAAGAAUAGGCAUAAUGGGGACCAUAAGUUGACGAACAGGAAGGAGUCCCCCACGUUAUGUGAGAAGGACAAGAAUAAGGGAAAGCUGAACAAAACACACAAAGAGAAGAUGUGGGCUGCUGACCGCAAGGAGAGGAAGAUACUGAGCCGCCACAAUAGCAUAAAGAGCGGGGAGGUGUCCACUGCAUUAUUUGGGAAGGAAAAGAAAGGAAAAAGGCUGAACAAGACCAACAAUGAGGAGCUGCAGAGGGAUGAAGAUGAAGAAAAUGCACCAUUCAUACCUGUUGUUAAGGAGAAGAGAAUGAGGCCCAGUGAGAGCACGGAGGCAAUGAUGUGCCAUGAAAAAACAAAUAGGAGAAGUGUGUCAUCUAUUGUAUCCAAAGAGAAGAAGAUCGAUACAUCAAGUGGUUCUAAAUAUAAGAAAAGGAAGAGGGAUCACACUUUACCCAAAAAAGGAAAGAGGAGUGAUAAUAAGAUUCAUAGUGGUAGGGUGCAGGAAAAGAAGAUAUGUGGUGGUGGCAAGGAAAAGAAUAAGCAUACUCCCUUCGCAUCCUUCGCAUUCUUCAAGUUCAUAUACAACAGGUUCGAGGAAUUUCUACUCAUACCACCAGCUGUUGCACACAAGUUGACAGAUUUGAGUAAUCAGCAUGUCUAUCUUGAAGAUUCAGAGGAAAGACGUUCAAAGGUCAGGCUAUCUGUGGUGAAUGAUUCCCUCGCUUUUCAUCAGGGAUGGAAUAUUUUUGUUUCAGACCAUUCGAUUAAACGGGGGGAGUUUCUGCUGUUUGAGUACAUUGCUACGAAAACAUUUUCUGUGCGUGUUUUCGGUAUGAAUUCUCAUGAAAGGUUGUGUUUCAAAAAAGGCCCAAAAAGAGUCCAACAUGGGGUUGGGUCUGGACCCGUGCCACAAGACAACAAUAAUGAAAAUUAUGCAUGCAUGCGCAGCCAAGUAAAAACAGCAAUUCUGAUUUCGGAUUCAGUAGCUUCUGCACAUAAUGAGGAUGUAGUGAAUCUCACAACUUCAGAUGCAGAUUCAACACAUCAUGUGACUAUUAAUACCAACAAAGACCUUGAAAGAGUUCAAAGUGGCGUUGGCAAUUUGCCUGAUGGAGAGUGUGGAACCAAGUGUAUUUCACCAGCAUGCAAUGAAGGAAAAACAAGUUCUGAAAUAAUUGUAAAUGAUGCAGCUCCCUUAAUGCAUGAAAAUGAUGGUAGAGUGGGGAAUGAAUUACAAGUACAUGAUUUGGAUGAAGAUUUAAUAAGGAAACAAGGGAUAAAUUGCAUUCCUUUAGGUUCUAUCAUAGCUGUGGAGAAACAUCAGAUACAUAGCACGAUGAACAUCAGUCAAAACUUCUGCAGAAAAUAUGCAGCAGCUGGAGGUUUUCGAUGCUUGGAGAAGUGGUGGAGGGCGGGUAUUGUGAAUAGUCGAGCAGCUCUUGAUGGCACCGUACUGACUGAACCUGAAAACACAGAAAAAACUGACAGUAAAUUGGUUGAUGGUUAUGGUUCAAUUGGGCUAAACACUGUGGAUGAGUACUUUUGUUCUGAGGGCAAUCAUACACAUGUCCCACCAGUAUUCACCAUGGCUGUCAAAGGACCCUUAAGUGCUGACAGAGUAUCCAAAUGCAGACAUGGCGAAACAGAGAUUGACCAUAGUAUCAAUGAGAAAUGUGGAGGAGCUGCUAUUCAAAUUAAAACACAAGGAGAACAACUGGAACCCGUGGGAAGCAUUGUAAAUAGCCAAAGGAACAAUAUCCCCGUGUCUGCGAACGCUGUAGUUCCGGGCAAGUACAGUGCAAUAGGACUAAACCCUGUUGGACCAGAAGUAACUUGUGCCAUUGUCGAACCAAUGCUCACAGUGCCCGUUGAGAAACCCUCGAGUCCUGAUGAAAUAUCCAAAUAUGAAAGUAGCAGGACAGAGAUCGAUCAUAAUGUCAAUGGAAAAGGAACUAUUGUUCAACUUGAAACAAAAGUGGAUCAGGUGGAGCCAGUGGGGAGCAGUGUAUGUAGCCAAAGCAGCAACAAUGCUACGUAUGGCAGCUGUGUGGCUGCACAUGUGUCCGAACAUUGUUUCUCCAAGCAGGAAGGUAGAAAGUCUAUUAAUUGUGCAGUCCAAGAGUCUUUGUUGCCUAUGAAAGACAAAAUUUUGGAGUUGGAUGAUCAUUCUCUACUAAAGUUCAGCUUGCAACUUUGCGUUCCUGAUACCACUCGGAAAUGGCUUGAGCUGCCGAAGUCGCUCCCCAAUGCUGUUAAACAGAAAAGGCAUGACCGGAACGUUAUACUGCUGAACGAUCCCAUGAAGAGGUUAUGGCCUGUUCUUUACCAUGAGAACCCAGUAUUUGUGGGCUUCACCGCGGGCUGGAGGAAUUUUGUUGCAGCAAACAACCUUCAGGCAGGGGAUCUCUGCGACCUCAUCAAGGAGCCAGAUGAUGACGAGCUGGUGUACUCCGUUCUCAUCACAAGACAGUGACUGCCAUGUGUGCAUGGUGUAUAUCAUCUUUUGCAAAAUCCAAAAGUCCGCCUCAUCCGUGCACUUCUCUUAGCCCUGUGCAGGCAUCAGUAAGCAUGCUUCAGUCAAGCUACUCCAGGAUUAUGUGAAACCCGUGGGGAUCUGCCGUUUUGCUGGAAGUCGUGUGAGAACCAUGUGGAUCUGCCGUUUUGGUGUGUACAUAGCACCACUGCCGUGGACAGUGAUUGGUGGACUUUUGACGAUCUGCAGGCUAGAGAUAUAGAAGUCAGGCUGAAGGUUACAUAUAUCAGACAUUGGAACUAGUCGAUUUGUUCGGUGUACCAUGAGUCAUGAUGCUGCAGUGAGCUGGCCAUGUUUCACUUUUAACGCUGUGCCACUUGCUUGAUCCUGGUGAUAUUUCGACCGUGCCUGAAUUGGAUAAAGAUUUUAACAUAAUGUGCUGGUAGUAUUGUUGUC